AUGAGUGAGGUGUCACAGUAUUCAAUUCCCAAAUUAUAUCAACGUAAAAUAGAUGAACUUCUGGAAAAUGAAUUAACAGAAAAGGAGUUCUCAUGUAGAAGAAUAUUAGAUGUACCAACAGUUACUUCUGUUAUAGACACUGGGUUCCCUGCUAAUGAAGAGAAUAAUAAUCGUCUGUAUGACAUGGCCGUUACAGAUGAUAACAAAGUGUGGAUGGGAGGACAUAGCAGAGAACUGAAGUUGUUUGAUCUCCAGGGACACCUCAACCACACCGUCAACAUUACUGGCAUGUUAUCCUGUGUGUACUUAUGUAUGUACAAUCAAAAAGUAGUGUAUACUGACCAACCAAAUAAAGCCGUAAAAAUGAUAUCUGAAACCGACACUGUAGUGUUCACUACCGGGGACUGGGCGCCAUACGGCGUCACAAGCGCCGCGUCCGGUGAUCUACUGGUCUGUCUCCGUAAAGACGAUCAGUCCAAAGUCGUCCGAUACAGCAGUACCGGUACCGUGCUCCAGAAAAUCCAGUACGACUCAUGGGGUCAACCUCUGUACAGAUGGGCGGUUUACAUCACUGAGAAUGUCAACGGGGACAUCAUUGUUACGGACUGGGAGAAAAAAGCAGUCAUUGCUGUCGAUAGAUUGGGCAUAUUCCGGUACUCGUAUUCGGGUGUUACAUAUUCUACGGUAACCACUGAUUCUGUCGGUCACGUCAUCAUUACAGAUUUAAGCUGGAACAAGAUUCACAUGCUGGACAGAGACGGACGAUUCCUGAGGUACAUCAUUCCUGAAGGAGGAAUAAAAAACCCACGCGGCGUGUGUAUCCUUGGUGACGGUGAGAUGAUGGUGGGAGAGAGUCUGACCGAAAUCGCCAAAAGAAUCAAAUACCAAGAAGAAUGA